AUGGCCGACCCGACGAGAUCACAGGAGCCAUUGGCUCCGGUGGAGUCUCGUCAACAAGAACAGCAAGAAGCACAGCAACAAAACACACCUGUGCACUCACCCACCAGCCCAUCCUCGAGCUUCCCCCACCGCCAGUCACAACAGUCCCAUUCUCCUUCCUACCAACAUCUUCAGGACCCGCGACAACCACAACACCCGCGACCACACCAGUUUGCUCAUAGCAACAUGCAACAGCCCUACUACCGACCUCCUGGACCCGGUGGCGGCCCUCACAGCCACGGAGCCUUCGACAUGCACGGCAUGGCGCAGAGCCUCCCACAAGCAGACUACCGGCAACAGCAGCAGUACGGCGCCGCCGGAAACCGCGCCGGGCCUCGCAGCUAUGCAAUGGGCCCCGGGGCUUCACUUAGCGCUCACUACAACACGCACCCAGGUGGCCCGGCCCCAGCGCAACAAGGCUUUUACCUUCCGCAUCAACCACCGAUGAUGGGGCAACACUACUACGGCACUGGCCCAGUUCCGGCAACGGCGCCUCGACACGCUGGUGGCACUGGGGGCUAUGGUUAUUACGCAGGCCAAGCACCGUCGUCGACAGGUUACUAUUACCGACACCCAGGCCAAUACGUCCACCAACCUCAGCACCAACACCACCAGCCAGUCGCUCACCCGCAAGGGGGGAUGCCCGGCGGUGGCAUGCCCGGCGGCAGCGCGCCUGGAAUCUAUACGCCAGCGCCCAAUGCACCUAGGCGCCCGUCGCAACCCGUCGUUGUCACCAGCAACCCUUUGGCAGAUGGUCUAAAAAGCUCACCAAAUAUUGACAAAGCACCCCGUCCAGUAUAUGGCCAGUCCCAACCGACCAGCGUCGUACGAGGACCUCCUCGCAAGCCGAAGCAAAGCGGCCAUGCGAUCUGGAUAGGCAAUCUACCACCGCAGACGAACCUCAUGAGCCUCGUACACCAUGUAUGCCAGCAGACAGACGGCCUCGAGUCGCUGUUCUUGAUUUCCAAGAGCAAUUGCGCGUUUGCCAACUACCCUGAUGAGGAGCGGUGUUUGGCGGCACAACAGAAGCUCAACGAUACGUCGUACAUGUCGGUGCGACUUGUGAGCCGGCUGCGCAAAACCCCAGUGGAAGGCGCGCAAAGCAGUAUGUCCCCAACAAAGCCGACGGCAUUGUCGACCGCGACAUCGACUGGAAGUUCGCCUCCACAAGGCGACGAGAAAACAGCUGAUGAGGGAGAAGAAGCAAGCCGUGCGAAGACAUUGACUGCCGACGAACGUCGCUCUGACGAUGCACCAGCAGCGCCGAAAAAGCCACCUACGCAAACGAGUGUUAUAGUAGACGGUUCUGGAAAAUCCGGUGCACCACGGAGACCAGCAGGCUAUGAAACGGACCGUGCUGCUGCUGCCGCCAUCCCGACAAUCCCGGCAACCACUAUAGUCUCGCCUGCGACUAAGAGCGACCGGUACUUUAUCCUAAAGAGCUUGACCGUGGAGGAUCUGGAGCUGAGCGUUCGAACGGGCAUUUGGGCAACACAAUCGCACAACGAGGAGACGCUGAACGAUGCCUUUAAGUCCUGCCAGAAUGUCUACCUCGUGUUUUCAGCCAACAAGUCAGGCGAAUACUUUGGCUACGCACGCAUGACGUCCGAGAUCAACCAAGACCCCGCCGCCGCUAUUGCAUUUGCACCCACCUCCCAAUCGUUUAGCGAAGUCGACCUUCCCAAGGCGAUCCCGACCGACGCAACCGAGACGACUCCACGCGGCCGCAUUAUAGACGACUCGGCACGUGGCACCAUAUUCUGGGAGGCACAACGGGACGAUGCCGACGAGGAGUCGGAAGAAAAUAAGAAAGAGGAGGGCAGCUACGGAGCAGACGGUGCAGAAUUUGCCGAUGGCGUCGAUGGUGUCGACGGCGUGGACACUGUGGACGGCGUGGACGGUACAGACAAAACAGGCGGCGCGGACGGAGUCGACGGAGACGUUCGCGCUGGUACAACAGAUGCAAUAGAUGGAACCGACGGCGUCGAUGGUGCGGAUGGUGAUGAUCCCAAGGUCUGGGGCAAGCCGUUCCAGCUCGAAUGGCUGUCGACGACGCGCCUGCCCUUCUACCGCACUCGGGGCAUGCGCAACCCACUCAACGCCAACCGAGAGAUCAAGAUUGCACGAGACGGUACAGAGGUCGACCCAGCCGUUGGACGGAAGCUGACGAGCUUCUUCCACCAGAGCACCUUGAGCGCCUCCAACACAUAG